GCGGAACGCGGAGGAAUAGAAAAACCCCACCCUGCGACGCCUCCCCUUUUCAUCCACUCCCAUCACCCUCUCAACCAAUGCCGGAAAAAAUAAAUAGAAAAACUCGCCUUUCUCGCCUCCGUCUCUUUUUCUCUCUCCGCCGCCGCUCGCUCUAGCUCGCUUACUCCUCCGCCGUCGCGGUCGCGGUCGCGGUCGCCGUCCCGGUCGCCGCCUCUCCGAUGUGGCCGCGGUGGCGCAAGGGCUCGCUGCACGAGGAACCAGCUGCCCCCCCGAUCCACUCCUCCUUCUCCUUCCCCACUCUGAAGGACGUCCACUCGCUCCUCCGAGACGAGGAGGAGAUCUCCUCGGCUGCCGGUAACUCCCCCCGGAGGCCCUCCGUCUUCCACCGCGUCCGGAUCUCCGCCGCCGCCCUCCGCACCUGGCGCACCCUCCCGGACCCGAGCCCCGUGCCGGCCGGCCAGGAGAAACGUAUCGUGCUCUACUACACCAGCCUCCGCGUGAUCCGCAAGACGUUCGAGGACUGCCGCGCCGUGCGGUCCAUCCUCCGGGGGUUCCGCGUGGCCGUCGACGAGCGGGAUGUGGCCAUGGACUCCGGAUUCCUGGCGGAGCUGAAGGUGCUCCUGGGGCGGCACCGGGGGCAGCGGCUGGGGCUCCCCCAGGUGUUCAUCGGGGGGCGGUACGUCGGCGGGGAGGAGGAGAUCCGGCAGCUCCACGAGUCCGGCGAGCUCCGGCGGUUCGUGGAGGGGGUGGCGCCAGCGGCGCCGGCGGGCUGCGAGCGGUGCGGUGGGUUGGCGUUCGUGCUCUGCGGGAGCUGCAGCGGCAGCCACAAGCGGUACACCGAGAAGAGUGGGUUCCGGAGCUGCACCGCCUGCAACGAGAAUGGGCUCGUCCGGUGCCCCGAUUGCUGCCUCCCGUCCCUCUGAUCCAGAUCGGAGGGCUCCGAUUGCCGUUCUGAUUUCCUUUUUUUCUGGAGAGCGCGCGAGAGAGAGGAGGAAAUAGGAAGUUGUAGUUCAAAGGGAAACUACUCUUAAUUUGGCUUACUGUUGGGGUAAUAUUACUGGCUUUGGGUUUUAAUUUGGGAAGUUUAGUUAUUAUGGAGUACUCGGUUCCUCCUCCUCUUGUGUUUGUGUGAAGUGUUAAUAAUGGGAGAUUUGGCAAUCUUUUUUCCUUUUAUUUUCUCCUGGUAUAAUGUAGACUCGGGAGAGAGGAAUAAGAAACUUUGGGAAUGGGCAAACACUUAAGAGGAAGAUACUAUAUCAAGAUUAAUGGUGAACUAAUCAUUUAAUUA